UGAGCGGAGACGUACAAGCAGCAGAGAGUUUGUGGAGGAAGCACACUUUGACAAAUCGACACUUCUGGAUUCAGCAGCAGGUGCUCGUAGCUACCGACGAGGAGGAGGUACACCUGGCGGAAAAGAGGGUUGACCAAGUGGAGCUGGAAGGGCAAAAGCAAGAAGGUCUUUAGAUAUUAACUGGAAAAUAAACGGAGGACAGGGAAGCAAGGAAAACCGAAGGAAAGACAAAAUAGACUAAAGAGGAACCGCGAAGAGAGGAAGGACUAAUAAAGGAGCUUUUUAUCCAAAGGAGGAACGCUUGUCCGAGUGCACUAUGGUGUCUUUAGGACUUGAACUGGUCGGCAUCAUUCUGUCAGUGCUCGGCUGGGUGCUGUGUGUGAUCAGCUGCGCCUUGCCAAUGUGGAAGGUCUCGGCCUUCAUUGGCUCCAACAUAGUCACAGCUCAGGUGUUCUGGCAGGGCCUGUGGAUGAACUGUGUGUUCCAGAGCACGGGACAGAUGCAGUGUAAGGUCUACGACUCCAUGCUGGCUUUACCUCAGGACCUGCAGGCCGCCAGGGCACUCACUAUCGUCUCCAUCAUUGUCGGGGUGGUGGCUCUGCUCAUAUCCAUGGUGGGGGCAAAGUGCACCAACUGCAUCGAGGAUGAAGGGGUUAAAGCCAGGGUGAUGGCCGCCUCGGGUGGCGCAUUCAUCACAGCAGCUCUGAUGCAGCUGGUGCCUGUUUCCUGGUCAGCACACACCAUCAUCGUUGAGUUCUACAGUCCACUCAUCCACUCUGGUCAGAAGAUGGAGAUCGGGGCGGCGCUGUAUCUCGGCUGGGCCGCCGCAACCCUGCUGCUGAUUGGAGGGUCCAUCCUCUGCUGCAGUUGCCCUCCACAGGAAGAGAAGCCAGCGAGGUACAGCAUAAACCCUCAGAGUCGUAUGGCAUACUCCGCCGCACAGAGGUCAAUCGCUCCAAGCUCUUACAACAAGAGGGACUACGUGUGA